AAUUAUUAAAACAUAAAAAAUAUUCUUAUUAUUUGUAUAUUUAAUUAGAUAUUUUUAAUAAAUUCAAAAUGUAUAAAUGUCUUACGCUCCAUGAUCCGAUUAUAAUAUGUCCAUAUGAUAAAAAUCAUUUUAUCGCAAAAUCUCGUCUUCAAAAGCACAUUGUCAAGUGUGAAAAACGAUAUCCUGAACAUUAUAAAGUUAUGUGUCCAUAUAAUGCCACCCAUCGAUUAUUUAAGGAAGAAUUAGAGGAGCAUAUCACUACGUGUUCUGCUCGUAAUGUGUUAAAUGAAAUAUAUCCAGAAACAAAAAAACAUGGUGCAACAAAUUUUGAAAUAUAUUCAGAUCUUUCAAGUACAAUAGAUUGUACAGAAAAUUGGGACAUAGAAAUUAAUGAUAACUCUGUUAUUUUAACUGAAGAAGAAUAUUCUAUGGAUAACAAUACAAAAACAAUUAAUAUAACUAUUGAUUCAAAAAAUGAAGAAAGAAGUAAAGAUUUCAAACCCAUAAGAGCUCCUCGUGGUUUUUCUGAAGCUAUGUUGCGAGAAGCAAAUGAAGAUUCUUGUGUUGAAGAUUUAGAAUCUAUAGUUAGUUCAAUGGGAAUUGGUCGGGGAAAAAUUAUUCAGAAGAAUAAUAAAUUGAAAUUAAUUGGAGUAGGUAGAGGAAGAGCAAUAAACAAUCUUUCAUUGAUAUAAUUAAAUUUCAUUUAAAUAAAAAAUAUUAAAAAAUUUUUAUAUUUUUGUAAGUAAUUAAAAUAAACUAAUAUUGUUUAUUGUUUUUCUAUAUAAUCUAUUACAUAUAAUUUACCAUAUAUGUAUUAUAUUUAAAUAUUUGCUUAAUUUCUUGAUCUUUUUUUAUUUUUAUUUAUAUUUACAUAUAUAAUAUGAAAGAUUUUUCAAAAAAAGAAUUAUGUUCUUAUGUAUAUUCUCUGUAAAAACAAAAGUAUAUUAGAAAUAUUAAUAUAUUAUUUGAAUUGAAAAAUGGGCAAAAAUUACAAUGGCAGUUAAUAUAUA